AUGGGAGCACUCAGACAGAAUGGGGCCGAUGAGAGUCUCAAUGUUACUCAGCAGUCCAUUCUUCCCUCUCAUCACACUCUAGUUACGGUCAAUUCCCACACGCAAAGUGUCUCGGCGUCACAUGUCCGAAACUCUGAUGCACACGACAAUCACAGCGACCCUCGAGACAAUAGCAGCCCCCAGUUUGCGGAUGAUGAGGCGCCAGACAGUACCAUAAGCCAAGUUGCGGCGCCCCGGUCUCACCGUAAGAAAGAAACCAAGAAACCUCGUCCUCAUACUCGCCAAAUCAUUCGGUGGGAUAAGGAUCUCAUUGAGCGCACUUUGAUCGGACUUGUGCAUGAAUCCAACAAAGCCAAUAUCCAGUUGCCCUGGGAGGCUGUCGGUCAAUGGGUCCCUAAGAACAAGCGGAAUAUGAGCAGCCCUAGUGGCGAGGCCAUAAGGCAGCAGAUUGAGAAGAGACGUAAAAGGCGGCGAGAUGACGGGGAACCUGUUCCCCCACUCUCGCCACGGGUUGACACUCCAUCUUUCAAGAUACGUAGGAAAAGUUCCUCGCAGCCAGCCAACAGGGAUCAGAGGUGUAAGACACGUAUCAGUGACCUUGCCAAUUCUUCCGCCGACAGUCCUACCACCACUUCCAGCACUCCAACAACUACUUUUGACACUCAUACCAACUCUAUCGACAACAAACCUGGUGAUAGGAAUAGUGAGAAUGCUGGUAGUAGUCCUGCCUACAACCCUUUUCCGACGGACACUGGUGCUACACCCACCAUCAAGGAAUACAAGCCUUUUACCGAUGAAUACAUACCUUUGGUUUCGGAUCGCUCCCGACGUGCUGCGGCCAUUGAUUCAGCCUCUCGAACUUCCCAAAUCACCGACCAGGAAAACGAAGCAGAGCAAUUGGCCAGCCUUGACAACAACUCUGCAUCCUUCGCCGACUAUGUCCUCGCUAACAACAUCCGAGAGAGCCACGCAAUCCACCAGGGUGCGCAAACCGGCCACGCGGACAAGCAAGCCACUCAAUAUCCUGGAAACUUUGGGUAUAUCGUUCAAGACACCAUGCCUUCAGUGAUGGCAACUUCUGGCCCCUCUUCCAAUCCAUACACACCGCCUGGAAUGUUAGGUUCCGAUUCGUUUGGUUCCGAUUCAUUUGGAGACCUGUUUGGCGAUCUCUUUAGAUCACCCUGUUCUGCGACUGUAGAACCCCUCGACCAUAGCAACGGUGGCUUUGGCGGCAUGGAAUCCAACACAUGGAACGAUUUCGGCCCCUUCGCAGAUCUCCAAGACCUAACCAACGGGGUUCAAGAUGAAAUCUACGGACCACUAGAUCUACCUUUUGGUGGUUACGAUGGGGGAUACGACUUAUAUGAGGACAUCGGACUAGAGCGUGAAUUCCUAGCCAUAGCAAAUAGGUGCAACCCCACCCAGAAUGGUGCUCCAAGGUUUAGCAUUUCCCAUCCUAGUGGAGAGGGGUAUAACCAUAUUGGGACCCAAUUCAACGAGUUGGUUGAGGACAAAAUUCCCCCUGACAACUGGAUGAUCCGGCGCCUGUUGGACUUCCUGCGGACGAGUCGGUUCCUGUCGGCUUUCCAGUGGAUGAACCAGCUCCCGUUGGAUUUCUAA